AUGGCAGACACAACCACCACCGCCCUCGUCCUCCACGGCGCAAAGGACCUCCGCCUGGAACAACGCGCUCUCGCACCUCCAACCCCACAAAAUGUCCAAGUCUCCAUCCGCGCAACCGGCCUCUGCGGCUCAGACCUGCACUACUACAACCACGGUCGUAACGGCGACUUCGUCGUACGCAGCCCAAUGUGCCUCGGCCACGAGUCCGCCGGCAUCGUAACCGCCACCGGCGCCGGUGUCUCAAGUCUGAAAGUUGGCGACCGCGUUGCGCUGGAAGUCGGCCUUCCGUGCCGCGCCUGCGCGCUCUGCAAGCAAGGCCGCUACAACAUCUGUAAGGCGAUGCAGUUCCGUAGCUCGGCGAAGCAGUUCCCUCAUCUGGACGGCACGCUCAUGGACCGCACGAAUCACCCAGCUGAUAUGUGCCACGCACUGCCGGACAGCGUGUCGGACGCCGGCGGUGCGCUUGUUGAGCCGCUCGCUGUAACGCUGCAUGCUGUGCGGCGGUCGAGGCCGCCCAGCGCUGAGGAGGUCGCUAUGAACGCUGCUGCUGGGGAGGAGACUGCUGCGCUGGUUUUUGGCGCGGGCGCUAUUGGGCUCUUACUUGCUGGGGCGCUGGCUGUUAGCGAGAGCUUCUCGACGAUUGUGGUUGCGGAUAUUGAUGCGCGGCGGUUGGCGAUUGCGGAGUCUAUGGGGCUUGGACUGAAGACUGUACUUAUUCCGCGGGCAGAGAGCCCGCCUCCUGCUAAGGAUGCACCGGUUGCGGAGCAGACGGCGUAUGCGCUUGAGAAUGCGCAGCGGGUAGCGGGUGUUUUGACGGAGGCGGCGAAGUCGGAGCGCGGUCUGCUUGUUCCGGGCUUCAGUCGCGUUUAUGAUUGUACUGGUGUGCCGGCUUGUGUUCAGGCGGGUAUUUAUGCUAGUGCGCCUGGUGGUGUGCUGGUGCAGAUUGGUAUGGGGAAUCCUAUCCAGACGUUGCCUGUUGGUGCUGCGGCGCUACGGGAGGUUGAUAUCAUUGGCGUCUUCCGGUAUGAUGGACAUGCGUAUCCUGCUGCUAUUGCGCUGUUGGCGAGUGGGAAGAUGAAGAGUGUGGAGGAAAAGGUUGUUACGCAUAGACUGAAGCUUGAGGAGGGCGAGCGAGCAUUCACGCUUGCCGGCGCCGGAGUUGAUGAGGAAGGAAAUCCUGUUGUCAAGGUCAUUAUUGAGAACAGACGGGACUCGAAUGGCUCUCUGUGA